AUGAAGAGAGUCGAAGAAGUUCGCGACUUGGGAUUCACAGUCACGCCAAGUCUCGAUUUCAAAUCCCACUGGGCCAAUCAAAUUUUGAAAUCAAAAAGACUGAUUUAUUUAGUAUUCAAAAGUUUUUAUUCAAGAGACCCAAAAUUUCUCACAUCAUUAUUCAAAACAUAUAUUCGACCAUUACUGGAAUAUGGAACAACAAUAACAUCUCCAGCAGAAAAAUGUGGUAUAGAAAGUAUCGAAAAGGUUCAAAAUUUAUUCUCAAGAAAAGUAUUUAUGCGUAAAUUUGGAUUCGAUUGUUAUCAGAAUAUGGGUAGGGUAAGUCCCGAGACGAGAAAUAUCAACCUCGAACUCCAAUCCCUAAAAAACCGCCGCGAAAUUUUUGACUUUAAAAUGUUCCAAAAAAUGGCAGCCGGAAAAGUUGAUCUAAAUUUUUACAGAUUCUUCCAAGUUAUUCAGAAAUCCAAAAGACACAAACCAAGGCUGUCCACCUCGAGAAACCAAAAAUCAAAGAUCCGAUCCAACGCAUUUUCCGGGAGAAUCACUAAGCAAAUCAAUAAGCUCAACCUCGAUUUAUCAAAACUUCUACAAUGAUCCAUGA